CAAAAUCAUUCUCUAAAGCGAAACCACUAUUUACAUUUCAAUUGAUCAUUGCGUAAAUACAGAAGUGACCGCUCCUUAUUUUUCACGCACAUAACGCAUGCACGCUGUACUGAAAUGCUGGAGACGGGACGUGUAAUAAUAAAAAAAAAACACGACAAAAGCUGAUUACAACAUUUCGCUUUACAAGCGAGCUGUCAAACGAGACCGUUAUUUGUAUGUGUUUGUGAGCUGAGCGUAAUUUGACGUUUUGCAGUUUUGUUUACAUCUUUUUCGACACAAAAUUAUCUCUGAAUGCAAAUCGCGCGUAAUUUUUGUAAAUUACAUCAAUUUUCAGUUUCGCAUGUGUAACCUGUAAUGUCCCAAGACUCUGAAUGUGCUAAGUGUUGCUGGAAAAGAAAAGUUUAUCCACAGAACUAUGCGCCACUAUAUUCCGUGUGAAUCUUUGCCGGUUGCUAGCAAAAUGAGUCUUGCUCAACUUAACAAAAAUGUUACUUUCCUUCGAACAAGCAGCAACGAUAAUUGGUCCGUACCGUUCUGUAAAUGCGAGUAUCCAAACGAAACUCGUUGGAAAGUUUCUGCGAAAAAAGCGAUACCGUGCCGCUGCGGAGAAGACACAUCCAGGAGACUAGAUUGGACAUGGGACAAACAUUUGACCAUGGAAACCGUAGUGUCGGGAACGGAAGUCAUUUUCCAUCCAGUGUACAGUCAAGGCACUAGCAUAGUUCGUGGCAACCAACCGUUACACCGAGGACGUCAUCACUACUGGGAGCUAAAGAUACUAUCACCUCUGUCGGGAACAGACAUCAUGUUUGGCAUUGGAACUGAUAAGGUAGAUUUACUGCGACAUCAGUUUUCUUUUACCAGCGUGCUCGGCAUCGAUGACCAAUCAUGGGGAUACUCUUAUCGAGGCGUCGCCCAACACAACGGACAGCUGAAAUAUUAUGGGAAAAAGUUUAGCCGAGGACGAAUCAUAGGCAUUUACGUCGACAUGUUUCGUGGUACAUUGGAAUACUAUCUUAAUCGACGUUCACUUGGCCGAGCGUAUUCUGACAUUCCCAGAGAGGAAGAAAUAGAAAUUUAUCCCAUGGUAUCAUCUACGUCGGCCAAAUCGUCCAUUAGGCUUAUAAAUGCCGCUUCGUUCGAAGAUAAUCUUAGGUUUAAUUGCAUGAAGGUUGUCUGUAAAUACCCGAAACUUCUCGCACAGGUGAAAGCUAUACCAGGCCUGAGGAAAAUCGUUCAAGAAUUGUGGUUCUUGCAACUAAAGGAACCGAGCCAAUCCGAGGAUUUCGCACUUAAUAAUUUACAUUUGGCUGACGAAGCAGUUCUUUGUGGUAAAAAACUAAAACUUUCGCAUGCAAUUAAUACAGUCUACAGUGGCGUCUCCAAACCAUUAGAAAUCAAUUCAGAAGCGCAGAUUUAUGACAACUUGAUGAGUAAUGAGGAGGUCAAUGAUGAAACCAAAAAUUCUUCAAAAAAGCAUAAUAUUCGUUGUAGCUCCACUGAUUCCAACAGUGAAGAUGAUGAGAUAGCUGUGAUGAUUGAGAACCAAAUAUUUUAACAAACCGAUAGAGUUUUAAUUAUAUUAUAAUAAUAUUGCCACGGUUACCAUUACACUGCAAGCGGCUGUACUAUGUCCAGUGUCAUCCACUUAAUUGUCUUACCGUCUUGGUUACGAAGUAAAAAUUUAGAUCGUUAUUUGUACUAACGAUGUUAGUAAA